AAUCAUUGUUUUUCAUUUCACUGACGUUGCACGUCAACAAGGAUGUUGUGUUAAAUCUAGUGACGCUGUGUUGCCAUAGUUUACGGAGCAAUAUUUUUGUGUGAACCUAUACGUAGGUUGACGACUCAAUGAGAGUAUAACCGCGUUUCUGUCUUCCAUGAUACGGUGAAACAGAUUAAUGACAAGGGAAAGCAUAAACCUAAUAUUCAUGUGGAUUUCACAAACCCUUGUGACCUGGAAGAAUGAGUCAUAAAUGGGCCCCAAAAACUUGGGACAGAAUAAGCAGAGCGUUCCAUUCGUCGCAAUCCCAAGCCCACAAGUCUGCAGCAUCGCUUCCCUCGUCUGGCACCGCUCACUGCAGGGUCCAUGUACCACAGCCCUACUGCUACAGGGUGGGCUACCUCAGCUGGAGGCACAUCCACCACCUGAGGAACACUGGGCGAAAGGGAUGGCCCUGCAAAGCUAACCAGGUUAGACAGCGGCUUGGACUCCACAACAGCGCCUUCUUCUUGAACACUUCCGCCUCCCGGUGGUCUGCUGGUCUGAGCCAACACAUGUCUCGGGUCAGGAACACACUGGACACAGUUUCCAAGGCCGUGAGCGGGACGCACACAGAGCUGCUCUCCAAAAUUGCCAAACUCAAGCCUAAUGCUCUAAAAGGUGGGAAAAAGGGUGAGGCCAUUGUCGAGUCCGCCCAAAAAGCAGAAGAGAGCGCAGUCUCACCUACUCCUGCGCCUACGGAUGUCGCUCCCCCUUCUACAUCUAAUCCUCCUAAACCUAUAUGUGGCUCAUCUUCCAUUAAACCGUCUAUUCUUACGUCUGCUGCUACAUCUGAUGCAAAUGCUACUGCCGCCACACAUUCUCACAAUCCUUCCCCAGCAACUGUCGCUGCCGCAGUUCUGGCUGUGGGGGAGCCGAAGGAGAAAAGGGUGAGACGUGUUGUCCCUGCCGUCAAAGCCAGUUCUGCCAAGAAGCAAAAGGAGCUGAAACCUUCACUGAGUGAUGAUGAGAGCAAGGGCAAAUCUUCCCAGCAAACCACAGCACUUUUCCAUCCCAGCACCCUUUCAGUCAGCCUCGAUGAGACUUACAACUAUCUGGCCCAUCACAUCAACUCCUACUUUGGCAGCAGUACAAACGUCAAGAAAGUGGAGAAUGUUUACUCUUCCUCUGCUCCUUCUCAGGCCCCACAAGCUAGUGACCUCAUGCCAGUACCUGGUAAAACAGUUGCUGCAGCUCCAGUUACCCUACCAUCCGCAAAGAAGGGUUUGGGACACUACUUGUCCUACUCGGCUCCCACUGUACAAGCCUUCGUAGGAAGCUACAUUGCUCCCCUGGUCCCAAAGUUUAGGACCGCUGAGUACAAAAGUGCUAUAGUGGAGGUAAAGAAGACUGAUGAUGCACCAGUCAAACCGAUGGAGGUCACAACCACUAAUGAGCCGAAAACCGCAGAGGAGAAAGCCAAGAAACUAAUACUUCAAAGAGAGAAGAUCAUUGCCAGGGUGAGUGUGGACAAUCGAACCCGGGCUCUGGUUCAGGCUCUCCACAGGGCAUCCGAUGUAAGAGUCUACAUCAACAGGGUGGAGGACCUCAGCUACCAUCUCCUGGAGUUUCCAGAAACCUGUGGUGUUGCAGUCAAGGAACAGGUCAUCCCUUGCCUGCUGCGUCUGAAACAGGCCAGCGACCCGGGCCUGGGGGCGGCAGUAAGAGAAGCCCUCGCUCUGGUGGGCUACCAUAAACCUGUGAAAGGAAGGGGCUUUCGGAUACUGUCCAUAGAUGGAGGAGGGCUACGGGGACUUGUUGCACUUCAGGCGUUACACAAGCUGGAAGCCCUGACCGGGAAACCUAUUUACAAACUGUUUGACUAUAUCUGUGGUGUCAGCACAGGUGCCAUUUUAGGGUUCAUGCUAGGUGUGUUCCAAAUCCCUCUGAACGAGUGUGACGACCUUUACCGUAAGCUGGGUUCAGAUGUCUUCAAGCAGAACGUCAUCGUUGGUACUGUGAAGAUGGGCUGGAACCAUGCUUUCUAUGACAGCGAAGCCUGGGAGAACAUCCUCAGAGAGAAAAUGGGCUCUCAGCUUCUGGUGGAAACUUCAAGAAACCCCGAAUGCCCCAAGGUGGCGGCGGUGAGCACCAUCGUGAACCGCGGCAGCCUGAAGGCCUACGUGUUCAGGAACUACAACCUGCUGCCCGGCAUGCGCUCCCCCUACCUGGGGGGUUCCCAGCACCAGCUGUGGCAGGCCAUCCGGGCCACGUCAGCAGCCCCGGGUUAUUUCCAGGAGUUCAAGUUGGGAAACGAUCUCCACCAGGACGGAGGCCUGCUGAUUAACAAUCCCACGGCACUGGCCAUCCACGAGUGCAAGUGCUUGUGGCCCGACACGCCCCUGGAGUGUGUGGUCUCGCUCGGGACGGGCCGCUUCGAGACUCCCGGCAACAACAGCACCACCCACACCAGCCUGAAAACCAAGCUCACCAACGUCAUCAGCAGCGCCACGGACACGGAGGAGGUUCACGCCAUGCUCGACGCCUUCCUCCCCCCCGACACUUAUUUCCGCUUCAACCCCUUCAUGAACGAGGACAUCUCCAUGGACGAGAGCCGCCACGAGAAGCUGAGCCUGCUGCAGGCUGACGGCCUCCGGUAUCUGGAGAGGAACGAGGAGAAGCUGAAGAAGGUCGUCGGGCUCCUCACCCGAGAGAAGAGCUCGGUUCAGACGGUAACGGAGUGGGCCAGGCUCCGAGCCAACAUGUAUAACUUUAACUCGUCCAAAAUCUAGGUCCAACACCAGCCACCUCUACCUCACACGGAAACGCUCCUCUUACUCUAAAUAGCCUCCAUUAUGUCAUGUUGGUGUGUCAUGGUGUUGACCUCUUGACCUGUAGCUUUAAAAAAAAAAAAAAAAAUAGAGGUAAGUAGUCUGUCCCCCCCCAAUGACAUUGUGGCUGUUGCAUUAAAGGAAAUUUGCUAGAACGUCAUGUGGAUUUGAGAAGUAAUACAGGGAUUGUCUGUCAGCUGGCCAAUGCAGCUCGUAUCCUUAAAGGAGCAGUUCCACAUUUUAGAAAGAUCCUGUUGGCUUUCACAGUGUAAUGAACUGUUUUACCAAAUGAGCACUUUUCAACUUUAAGCUUGUUAUUGUUAUGACCACCGAUUAAAUCUCCCUAAACUCGUGUUUGUACUUUCGCAUAAAAUGUGUCGCAGGGAUAUUUGUGUUAUUGAAAUGCAGUAAAUGCAGCAAUUUGUUAAACUAAGCUGCAAAAACACCACUACUGUAACAAAAAAACCAACAACCAUUAAAUGGUUGUAUUUGACCACUAAAUGCAAGAGACAAAUCUAAAAUGUAAUCACUAAAAUGUGCACAAUGGAGCUACUAGUCACUGUGUCAUGGUAUACUAAUAAAAGGGCCCCCUUUAACGCUGUAGUUCUAAAUUGAUGUAAUAUUUAAGAUUUUACACAAAAAAAAGUUUGAAGAACUGGACGUUGCAAAGAUUUACCUCAAUAUUUAUUUCUAUAAUACCUGUAAUGAUUAAUAGAUCGAUUAACAGCAGAAACAUGUAAAUGCUGGCAUAAGGAGGUAACGUUUAUUUGUUAUUUUAGCCUCAGAGUAUUUUAAGUUCACUUGUUUCAAUUUAUUUUAUCCUUUUAUCAGCUUAAUUUUUUGGUUUUAUGGAUUUAGAAGUGCUGCAAAACUGAUUGCGGCUGAAUUGAGCUUAACAACAAUAUACAGCAAUAAAAUGCACCACAGACAUUUAUGCCUAACCCGGUUCAGUACUGUAUAACUCACUCCCUGAGCUAAAGUGGAUGCAGAUUGGACUGAUAAUUCCAGUGUUCUGUUGAUUAUGUGUAAAGACUGAUUGAGAGUGUAUGUAAUAAAACCCCUCACUGAAUUUU